CAUUUUUAUAGAUAGUUAAAUUCGUCUUGCAUUUGUCUUUCACCAAUGAAAGCCUUUUCUGUUCUAAAUUACACGCUUAAAUUCGAAGAAACAGAAAAAUCCCUUGAAAUCAGGAACUGACCGUUUCCUUGAUUUGUAAAUAUGGAUUUGGACUUCGCCGAUCAAACGAAGGAAGGGCAAAUCCAGUUACAAGUAGAAUAUGGUUCUCAACACGGUCAACUACAGGUUACUGUGAUGGAAAUAAACAGUCUGAUUCUUCCUACAGUUAAACGUCUGGGGAUUUCUCAUGUGUACGUAAAGAGUCAUUUACUGAACGAGAAGACCUUAGAGCCGUUUAAAAAGAGAAGCACUUUCAACAGUUUCUUCCUGCAAGACACAUCAAAAGAAACAAAAAGAAAGACAGAAGAUGUUAAACUGACGAUGUCAACAUCGGAUUCUCCCAGUCAAAAUAAUAAUGAAAACUCACGCAAGAGUAGAAUAAGAAAGGCUUUGAAGAAACAAAGGGAAAGAUUUCGUUUCAGAAGAAAUUCUGACAGAGUUAAGACAGUUGUCAAUGCUGCUGGGAACGAAAAUGGUCGCGCAACGUUGUCCUUUGAGAGAUCCCUAUAUUACCCUUCGGUGUCCUUGUACCAACUCCAAACACAAUGCCUUCAUUUAACAAUCUGCGGACGCAAUGCUACGACAACACAAAGUUUUCCUAUAGCGACAACUUGUAUACCGCUGAUGAUAGCGAUCAAGCAACACCAACCUACGUGGUAUCAAAUCUCAUAUAAUCCUGAUUUAGCUAUGGAUAAUGAAGGAUCGAAAAUGAUUUCAGUGCAACAAACAUGGGACAGGAAUGAAGAAGGUGCAUUCACGGGCCGCAAUGUCGCCUGGGACAGAAGCAACAAUAACCACAGUUACAGUAGACAUUUACAGUCAAAUCGAAAGCAAUCGAUAGCCAAGAAAUCAACGAUACACGUCAACAUUCCUGGUCAAGAUGGCUUGCGACGUCCUAAGAGAAGCUAGACAAGAAAACAGCCGAUAUGAUUCGGGAGUUAGCUUAGAUAGGCUAGGCAGACAUGAGAGCAUCGAAGAAUUAUUCUUUGACGAAGGAAAUAAGACAAAUAAUUUUCAAUCAAGGAAAUUUCUUCGCCCACAACAAGAAUGGAAAUCGGAGUUCGUGAUCUGCGCCACCGCAAUGGAUAGUCAGCGGUCGAGUAAAGGCGGAGAAUUGGAUGUAAGUUCGUUAUCACUCAAUGGUUCUUCAAACCGAAAAACAUUUAGCGAAAGAAUUCGUGGCUUUUGAUUGAAACUUGACGAAAUAUCUUAUGAUUUUGGACAUUACAGCUUCUCAAAAACGGAUCUCGUACUUUCCCGUGAAACUGAGGGAAGCUAAAAAAUUUUUUGCUACCCGACAAUAAAUAGCGAUACUAAAUAGUGAUUCGUUAAUAAAUAACUAUAAAAUUUA